CAGGACUGGCGCCCUGUGAAAUGGGAGGGGUGGGGCUAGCGCACCGUGAGCGUCAUCACGCUGCGCCCAUGCUCCGCCGGCCUUGUGGUGGACUCCGGAGGAACCUGGCUCACCGGCCGAGGUCUUGCCGUGAGCCCUUGUGUGUACAGUAGCAGGCUGUAACUGAGACAGACAGCUGCAGUAAGUGCUGUGGCCUCGAGAUCGUGCCCUGGUAACGACAAGGAAUCAACACCGCAGACUCGAGAGUUGAGCGCUUCAAACAACCCCGUUUAUUAGUAAUACUCCCUAACCCGGGACCAGUUCCAAGAAAGGUUACCAAGUGACAAGGUGUUUCUAAAUGGUUACAGCACAAAUAAUAGUGGGUAAAGAGUAAAUAAGGUGACUUGUCUUCUAGUGAGCUCGUAGGUACCUGUAGGUAGAAGAGCUUUGCUCUGUAGAGCUUCUGUGAUCAGUAGCAGGGGAAUUUUUCCGAAUGAUUAAGUUAGCUGGUCUCUUAACUGCUUAUUUUCCCACUGUAUCCUUCCUCAUUUGGAUAGAGGGACUCCAGUGUGACCAGUUUACUUGUGUGCUUACACACUAAUAGUUCCUCGAAACACUUGUGAGCAGGCCAUGUUAUUCCUAACUUUUCUGUAUAGGGAAUAUGAGGGUUAGAUCCAUUUUCUACUUUGUAACUAUUAUAAAGAUAAGACCUUUAAGGACCUCUGGCCUGGCUGUUUCAGAAAAGUAGAAAAAAUGACUACUGGACACAGGCAUUGCUCCUGACAAAAUUCACUUGAUAAGCUCUAACCAUCUGAAGGCUAGUUUAAAUGGGGUAUUGUGGCACCAGCCUGUGUAUAAUUUCAGAGGAUCCCCUGUAACGGGUGCUACAGAGGUUUUGAGCCACCAUAAGGGUGCUGGAAACUGCACCCAGGUCCUCUGGAAGAGCAACCAGUGCUUAGCUGCUUAGGUAUCGCUCUAGCCCAACUCAUGGGAGGCUAAUGUAGAAACAUCUCCCAAUUUAAGGCAAGCCUGGGCUACCGUGGAGAAAGGUGCUUACAGACACAUAAUGUCAAUAGUCCGUUCAUCCGUCCACGCCAAAUGGGUUGUGGGGAAGGUGAUUGGUACAGCCAUGAUAAAAACGGCUAAAGUAAGAGCGACCAGACUUGUUUUGGAUCCCUACUUACUGAAGUACUUUAAUAAACGGAAAACCUACUUUGCUCACGAUGCCCUUCAGCAGUGCAGCGUCGGGGACAUCGUGCUCCUCAGAGCUUUGCCCGUCCCACGAUCGAAGCAUGUGAAGCACGAACUGGCUGAGAUCAUCUUCAAAGUCGGCCGAGUUAUCGACCCCGUCACCGGAAAGCCCUGUGCAGGAACUGCCUACCUAGAGAGCCCCCUCAGCGAACCUCGGGAGGAGCUCAAGGUCUCCUGAACCCAGGAAAGGAGGAGCCAGAGGCAUUUCUGUCUGUGUGUUUUGCUCAAUGGUUUUCAUUACUGUUUCUCCUGUGACAUUAAAAGUAGUCAGCAAAGUAAAGAGCUUAGUGCUCCAUACAGGGUUGCAUCCUUUUUCAGAUUCUCUGAACUGAAGGUACUGAUUACUCUGUAUGCCUAAGGAUGCGGCAUCAUUUUGUGAGCUCUCUGUCCUGGAUCGUAUGUAUUGUCUCAUUGUUCAUUGCCUCCCCCAAAGAAAUCUUGGACUGAGCACCUUUGUUUUGAAAGAAGAAAACCUUUUGAUAAUGACAUAAAAGGCUAAACUUAGUUUUGGCAGCUUGAUUUUUCAAAAUUUAUUGUGUGUGUGUCCACAAUGCCUGUGUGGGCACACCUGUGCCACCACACACACACUGUGGCAGCCAGAGGACAGCUUUGUGGAGUCCGGUCUCCUUUCACUCUUACGUGGUUCCCAGUAACACACCUGUACCCACUGAGCCAUCCUAUUGACACUGAGUUUUAAUGAUUCAUAUUCAAAGUAAAUUGGCCUGUUUUGUUGUG